AUGGAUGCUGAUGGUUUUAAAACACCUACGAAAAUCCCAGAACCUAUUACACCAAAGAAAAGUGAUUAUAUGUCACCGAAAAUACCUAUGACACCACCAAAAACAUUUAUUACGGCUGAUGGAUCACCUGCAACAACGCCAUCUAAAUAUAGACCAGAUGGUGGUGAUCGUUAUAUACCAUUACGUGAAUCAACAGAAGAUUGGGAAGUAAGAUAUAAUGCUCGCAAUAGGAAUUGUAUUUUUGAAGCACCUGAAUCAGGAUAUGUAUUAAAAAGAAAAAAAAAUAUGUCGGUAUCACAAAGAGCUCAUAUACCAUAUUCGGCUCCUUUUCCACCAAUAUUUCCUGAUAAUUAUCAAAAUGAAAAUAAAAAUGAAUGUUUAGUACAUAAAGCUUUGCUCCGUAAUGAAAUGUUAAAAGAUGAGAUUGAUGAUAUAAGAUCAGAAAAUGAAAGUGUUGAAAUUAAUAAAUUAUAUCCAAUUAGAUAUCAACCAUUAUUUAAUUAUGGUCCAAAAUCAAUAUAUAAAAAGAAGAAUGAUGAAUUUACUCCAAAACAUGUUAAUGAUUGCACUAUACCUUUAAGUGAAUCAAGUUUACGCCUUUUAAGGUCACCAAGAAAACCUCAAAGAAAAGUACCAAAAAAUCCAUAUAAAGUUUUAGAUGCACCUGAAUUACAAGAUGAUUUUUAUCUUAAUCUUGUUGAUUGGUCCGCCAGAAAUAUGCUUUCUGUUGGUUUAAAUUCUUGUGUAUAUUUAUGGAGUGCAUGUAAUAGUCAAGUAAUUAAAUUAUGUGACUUAGCAUCUGAAACAGACACUGUAACAUCUGUCCAAUGGACAGAGAAGGGUGAUUUACUAGCUGUUGGAACAAAUAAGGGCACACUUCAAGUAUGGGAUGUACAGGCAAAUAAAAAAGUUAAUGAUGUAUUAGGUCAUUCAGCUAGAAUUGGUUGUCUAGCAUGGAAUAAUGAUGUUAUAUGUUCAGGUUCAAGAGAUCGUUUUAUUAUUCAACGUGAUAUGCGUGUACCAAAUGGAAAUGAAAGAAAAUUAGCUGCACAUAGACAAGAAGUUUGUGGAUUAAAAUGGUCUCCUGAUAAACAAUAUCUUGCUUCCGGUGGUAAUGAUAAUCAAUUACUAGUUUGGUCAUUACGUAAACCUGAUCCAGUUCAAGUUUAUAAUGAUCAUAAUGCAGCAGUUAAAGCACUAGCAUGGAGUCCUCAUCAUCAUGGUGUAUUAGUUUCAGGUGGAGGAACAGCAGAUAGAUGUCUUCGUUUUUGGAAUACUCUUACAGGUCAAGCAAUGCAUUGCAUUGAUACGGGAUCUCAAGUAUGUAAUGUUGCUUGGUCAAAACAUAGUUCAGAACUAGUUUCAACACAUGGAUAUUCAUAUAAUCAAGUUAUUAUAUGGAAAUACCCAUCACUUCAACCAAUAACAAAAUUAACUGGUCAUCAAUAUCGUGUACUUUAUUUGGCUAUGUCUCCUGAUGGCGAAUCAAUUGUUACAGGAGCUGGUGAUGAAACAUUACGUUUCUGGCACGUAUUUAGUAAAUCUAAUCAACAAAAACAUGUUCGUUCAAAACUUAACAUUUUUACAAGCAUUCGAUGA